AUCCACCAAACGGUCCUUUUAACCGACCGAGCCCGCUCCACCAAUCAGCAUCCAGGAACCCCGAUGGCAUAUACCCUUAAAUGGAAAUAGACCGAUGCCCCUAUGGAGUUUAUUAACAUUAUGUGGAGACGUGUUGAAUAUACCGGAAGACGAGAGAAGGUCAAUGUCCUUCCAUCAAUCGGAACCUGGUUUUGGUGGAGAAGUGUUCCUGGGCGGGCAUUUGGGUUAGAUUGGAAAGGCCAGAUGGGGGGUUGGUAUGUAGUGGAAAGAAACAAUUUAAACCUGAACGAGGGACGAUAUUUGUUGUUUCUCGACUUUCCAGACGUGACUUUCAGUCCGUUGUGCGAUAUUCAACAUGCGUUUCUCACACGUCCUGAGCAGUCUGGCCAUUGUGCCUGCGCUCGUCUCCUCCUUUCCCAAUGCUCCAUUCAAAACCCAAGGGAAGAAGAUCAUCGACUCUGUUGGCAGCAACAUCACGUAUGCUGGCGUCAAUUGGCCAGGUGCGGGAGAGGUUAUGAUUCCGGAGGGUCUGCAGUACCAAUCCAUUGCCUCAAUCGUGUCGAAGAUCAAAUCGCUGAACAUGAAUGUCGUGCGCCUGACUUUCGCCAUCGAAAUGAUCGACGACAUCAAGGAUCGAGGCGGCGACGUCACGAUCCAAAAGGCAUUUAGCAAGGCUUUGGGCGCCGCAAAAGGCGAGACUGCGUACCAGAGCGUCAUCAAGAAUAAUCCGCAGUUCAACGCUGCUACCACCAGACUGCAGGUCUACGAUGCGAUUGCAAAUGAGUUAAACAAACAGGGGAUCUACGUUCAUCUUGACAAUCACAUGAGUAAAGGAGCUUGGUGCUGUGGCGGAGGUGACGGCAACACGUGGUUUGGAGACCAGUACUUCAACAUUGCGAACUGGAAGCGAGGACUGCAAUAUAUGGCCGACUACGGCAAGAAAUGGCCAAACUUCGUUUCCAUCGGCCUUCGCAACGAGUUCCGCAAGCCCGACAACGCCGGCUCGUCCCUGCCCUACGACUGGUCAACCUGGUACACGCACAACAUCGACGCCGCCAACAUCGUUAACGCCGCGAACCCCAACAUCCUCGUCUUCCUCUCUGGCCUCGACUACGAUACCAAGCUGUCGCCCAUCGUCGACGGCUCCGACCUCGGCGGCGGCAAGAAGUUCCUCCUCACGGACUUCAAGUACGCGAACAAAUUGGUCCUCGAGCUUCACAACUACCAGAACUCAGCGACGGCGUGCGGAGAUAUCGAGGGCGGGCUGUGGAAUCAGGGAUUCAGGGCGCAUGGCGAGAAGGCGUUGAAUAAGAUGCCGGUCGUGCUGACCGAGUUCGGAUUCAGCCAGGCGGAUAACUCGUAUAACGGUGUGUAUGCGAGCUGCAUCAGGAAAUUGAUGCCGCAGUGGGAGGCCGGCUGGACGGUCUGGGUUCUGUCUGGAAGCUACUAUAUCAGGAGCGGAACGCAGGAUUAUGAGGAGACUUGGGGACUGCUGAAUCACCAGUGGAGCGAUUGGAGGAGUAAGCCUGCGAUCGAUGCUUUGAAGACUUUGAUAGCGGCGAGUUUGGACUAGAUAGCGCAGGAGGUAGCUAUGGCGCUACAAGUACAUAACAUUAAGCAUUCUAUAUCAUCUAUGUAUUACAGGUAUCAUGGUGUUUACAUUUUCGUGAGUUGUUUUGAAAGGAAAAGAGAAACAAGAAAAGAAGCAGAAGCUUCAACAAACUUGGUACAAGGUAAAGACCGCGUUGACAGGACCAAA